CUGGCCUGCUCGUUUCACACAAUUGGAAAUACUCAACCCACUCUACCCUUUGCAAUUACAACUCAUUUGAAUGUCAUGCCAUUACUGUAUCAGCUCCGAUAAAACUCCAGAUUGUGGUAAUCUACCGUCCCCCUGGACAAAUUCUAGCCACCUUCCUAGAGGAGCUGGACGGGUUGUUGUCCUCUUUGUGGAGGAUGGCAUUCCACUCUUAGUCUUUGGUGAUUUCAACAUUCACCUAGACAAGCCUUAUGCUACAGACUUCCACUCGCUACUAGCUUCAUUUGAUCUCAAUCGCCUUACCACUACUAGCACGCACAAAUCAGGCAACCAACUUGAUUUAAUUUACACACGCAAUUGUACUGCAGAUAACAUUCUGGUACAACCGCUACAUAUCUCGGACCAUUUCUUCAUUACAUUUACACUACAUUUUGCUACCCGUGUGCCACCAACCCCCCUACCGGUUACUUUUAGACGAAACCUGCGCUCCCUUUCUCCUUCCCAUCUUUCCUCUGUGGUAUCCUCCUCUCUUCCCUCACCUACCCAUUUCUCAUCUCUGGAUGUAAACGCAGCUACUGAAACUUUAUGCUCUACCUUAACUUCUUGUCUAGACGACAUUUGUCCUCUCUCCUCUAGGUCAGCACGGACUGCCCCUUCUAACCCCUGGUUAUCUGAUGUUCUUCGUGAACAUCGGACUAAACUCAGAGCGGCAGAGAGAAAAUGGCACAAAUCAAACAACCCGUCGGACCUGAAACAACAAACUGGACGCUAAACAGUCAGGUUUCAGGAGUGGCCAUUCAACUGAGACUGCGCUUCUCUCGGUCACUGAAGCCCUGCGAAUUGCAAAAGCCCAUUCCAAAUCAUCAGUCCUCAUUCUGCUGGA